AUUAUAAAAUAAAUUAUUUGGAUAGUUUACGUUGCGUUUUAUAUUUGCAUAUGUUUUGGUUAAAGACUCAGGUUUAUUAAUUAUUUUGCAUAUUUGUUCCCUAAAUCAAUUUCGUUUGUAUCUUGUGCUUACAAUUUUGAUAACGUUUAAUAGGAAAUGAAUAAUCAUACGUGAAAUACUCAGUGGAAAAAAGAAACUUUGAUUGCAUCAUGGAGGUGUCUCAUUCAUUGACAUUAAAUGAGUCAGCUCUACAGCAGUUGCCAGAUGACAAAAAGCCUCAUUUCAUUUUUGAAUGGCUCCGUUUCCUAGACAAGGUUCUUGUUGCAGCGCAUAAGUCUGAUAUUAAAAGCUGCCAGCAAAAACUUGUAGCCCAACUGGUCAAUCUACUUCGUGAAUCAUUGGGUGCACCAGCACGGAGACUGCUUGCAAGAUGUCUAGCUACAUUGUUUUCAGUUGGUGAUACAUUUCUACUGUUUGAUACGGUCAAUAAAUGCAAUGAUAUCAUCAAAGUUAAAGAUGAUUCACCAUCCUACUUACCAACAAGACUGGCUGCCAUUUGUUGUCUGGGAAGUAUGUAUGAAAAACUAGGCAGGAUGAUGGGAAGAUCAUAUGAAGAGACAGUAACAACACUAGUGAGAUCACUCAAAAGUUCCGAGUCACAGACUAGAUUGGAAAUUAUGAUAACUUUGGAGAAGAUAUGUCUAGGUAUGGGUACGGCUGCGGGCGCGGCGUUGCGCGAGGUGUCGCGUGCUGCGCGCGGUGCGUUGCUAAGCGAGCGCGCGUACGCGGUACGUGCGGCAGCAGCGUGCGCGAUGCGACGUGUCCUGCCACUGAUGCGCCUCACCCCUGCUGAUGUUGAUGCGAUUGCUGCAGCCUGCUUACGUGCUGCUCAUCCAAGUGAUUAUGCACUGAGGUGUGCAGUAGCAGAACUUCUUGGUUCACUGAUAGCCACAACUCAAGCGGGAGAACUCACUAAUGCUAAUACUAAGAUGAAGAUGGGUAUUCAAUCAGUUCAACAAAGCAAAAAGGAUCCACAAAAGAAUGUGGUGUCAUUGGAUGAAGCUCUCAAUCUACUAAUGGGUGCAUUCCUAAGGGGCGGCACCUCCUUCCUUAAGGGAGAUAUCAUCAAAUCAGGUUCCGGAGUGAACAGAGAAGUGAGAGUUUGUGUUACACAUGCUUAUGUAAUCUUCGUCCAGAACAUGGGCGGUGUGUGGUUAGAACGUAAUAUGACUACUUUUCUCACUCACGUUCUAGAUUUGGUGGCAAAUCCUAAAGCCGCUAGCUCACAUGUAGAUGCUGUCUAUUCUAGGAAGUGCAUAAAUUAUAUACUACGCAAUACUUUGGGCAAAAUGCUGGGAGAGAAGGCUCAAGCGUCAGCCUGCAAAGAAAUUAUACAGAUUGUGGCCAAGCAGAUGAACAGUAUUGACUUCAACCCGGAGAAUGCUAAGGAUUGUAAUCAGGAGACAUUAUUCAGUCAGCAUUUGUUGGUGUGCGCGUUAUCUGAGGCGGGGGAGCUGGCGCAGCAGCUCGGCACUUCAGUACACAACCUGCUCAUCGACACAUCACUUAACAUGAUCGAUACCAUAUUCACGGUGUUGCAACACCCAUGUGUCGCUGCGAGGUUAGCGGCGGCGCGGUGUCUGCGAGGCAUUUGUGAAGCGCUGCCUGCACAGAUCGCACCCCUACUGGACAGAUGUGUAGAUGCGUUAGAUGCACCAAGACCUACCCCCCACCACAUCUCUGGUUAUUCAGCAGCGCUGGGUGCGAUACUGGGUGCGGUGGGCAGGUCCCCGCUGGGCGUGCCGCACGGGCGGGGCAAGGUGGCAUUCAACGCGGCCGAGCAGCUGCUGCGCUCAGCCGGACAGAGCAGCCGCCUCACCGCCGCCAGGACCAAUGCUGGCUGGCUUAUUGUUGGCGCUAUAUGUACAUUAGGUGUGCCGGUGGUACGUGGACUACUGCCCCGUAUGCUGCUACUCUGGAGGAACAGCUUCCCACGCUCCGCUAAGGAACUGGAGUCAGAGAAGGCUAGGGGAGAUGCAUUCACUUGGCAGGUGACAUUAGAAGGUCGUGCAGGCGCAUUGUCAGCACUCCACAGUCUGCUUAUACACUGUCCUUCGUUAGUACACAACGAUGACACCGCCAAACGUCUCACUCAGCCCAUAGAUGGCGCCAUAGCUGUUCUUACCAAUGUGAGCACAGUGGUACGUAACUACGGCGGGGCUCUGAAAGCUCCGGCAGCGUUACUGCGUCUCCGACUGUACCAGGCGUGCGGUGCGCUGGGCGGGGCCGGCGCGCCCGCAGCGCCACUGUUGCGCCUGCUCGCCGCUGAGCUGGCGGGCUCGGCCGAUCCUAGCGGCGCUAAUGUUGCUACUGGUAUUCUGAGGAAUGCAAUGCACCCCCGAGAUACUAUAUUGCUGGGUGAAGAGGGUUGGAUCUAUGAAACUGAUCAUGCUGAAAUUGAAGAACAGCUGAUCUCACCGCUGAGUGCGAGCGGGUCAGGCGCGUUGGAGCACGACCCGUGCUGCUUGUACCGCGGCGCUGCUGGCGCGCAGCCGCUGGGCGUGGCCGUCAUUGACGCCUCCGUACUGCUCUUCCCGCAAAUAUUCUCCAGAGCAGCCAACAAGCACAGACAGCAGAUGCUGGAGCACUUCGCGGAGUGCAUCAAGAUGUCGAAGGGUGCUCGUCAGGAGGCGAUUCAGAUCAACGUAUACACAGCGCUGCUGCUCGCUCUCCGCGCUCUCGCUGAUACCAAGACAUCGCUGGGACAGGAACCUGUGAAAAAUGUUGCUGUAGAACUUAUCAUUAAUGGUCUAUCAUCAAACAGCGUGACAGUGCGUGCGGCGGCGGCGUCGUGUGCGGGCAGACUGUGCGGCUGCGUGACGGACUCAGACUCGCAGGCGUUGAGCGAGCGUGUGGUCGCGUUAGCUCGUACUGCGCCAAGUCGUACUGUGCGCGCUGCAGCAGCUGCUGCUGUGGGCGCGGUGCAGCGGGCGAGGGGCGCAGCUUCCAGUGCAGCGGCACUGCCAGUGUUGCGUGCGCUUGCGCAGGAUACAGCUGCUGUUGAAUUACAAGUGUGGUCAUUGCAUGCACUCUCUGUACUUGUAGACGCAUCAGGUCCAAUGUUCCGCGGCCACGUGGAGUCUACCCUCAACUUGGCGCUGAAGCUGCUGUUCAGCUCGCCACCAUACCAGGAGGAUCUGCACCGUGCUAUCGGUCGUCUGCUCUCCGCUCUUAUUACAGUCGUCGGCCCUGAGUUGCAAGCUGGCGGUGGCGCAGUGAGCCGGUUUAUCUGCGCGUGCGCAGCGCUGCAGGAGUGCGGCGGCGGGGGCGCGCGCGCUGAGAGCAUCGGCUGUCUGCAGCAGCUACAGAUGUUCUCACCACGCAGCAUCAAUCUGCAUCUCUUAGUCCCUCAGCUAUGCCGGGAUUUAUCAAGCUCUGAGUUGGCAGUGCGGCGAGCUGCGCUAUGCUGCUUACGUCAGCUCUCACAGAAAGAAGCGGCCGAGGUGUGCCGCUAUGCGCUACUAGCGAAGGACCAUGUACCAGCCAAACCCUACUGUGGUGUAACAAUAACCAGUAGCGGACUACCGGGCGCGUUGUUCGCGUACUUAGACACGGAGCGUGACAGUGCGGCGCAGUCUCACGCACGUGACACGCUCGCCUGCUGCCUGCUGGCGGCGGCGGGCGCGCGCAGACUGCACGACUGGCUGCAGCUCGCCAAGCGAGUGCUUACCUUACGACUGGAGGACAACACAAACCAAGAGACAGAUUUUGACGGCGAAGGCGAUGACGAUCAAGUUGAAUUCCAUGCAGAGUCGGAGCAGUCAACCCAUCCUGCUAUACAGCCUAGAUGGUCCACUAAGGUGUUCGCAAUGGAAUGCAUUCAAAAAAUGAUGGGUGCAUGCGAGGCGACUGGCGAUAGCGCGCAUUUCGAUCUCGUCAAAGCUAAAGAGAAACUGCAAAAUGAUCCUAACGGUGACUAUUUAUCCCUGCACGUGUCAGACUUGGUGCGUAUGGCAUUCGUGGGUGCGACAGGCGAGUCUGACGCGCUGCGGCUGGCCGGGCUGCGCACGCUGCAGACCAUCAUACAGCUGUUCGCGCGCGCACCAGAGCCAGACUUCCCAGGACAUCUGCUUCUCGAGCAGUAUCAGGCUCAGGUGGGGGCGGCGGUGCGGCCGGCGUUCGCACGAGACACAGCUUCGCACGUGACGGCGGCUGCGUGCGAUCUGUGCUCCGCAUGGCUUGGCUGCGGUGUCGCUAGGGAUAUUGAUGAUCUGCGCAGAGUUCACCAACUCCUUGUAUCCAGUUUGGAUAAAUUGAACAAGAAAGGGAACACGACGCUUAUAUACAAUGAGAGUAUGGCUACACUUGAGAAGUUAUCUAUAUUAAAGGCCUGGGCUGAGGUGUAUAUAGUGGCUAUGGUGAGCAACGACAGCGCGCCGGGCAGCUACGUGCGUCAGCUCGACACCAAGCCCUUCAAUAACAGGGCAGAACUCGCCAAGUGGCGGAACAAGGUGUUACAGAACAACAAUCAAAUAGACAACGCGACUCAAGAAGAAGAUGACGAGGAGUACGGAGAAUUCGAGUCGAAAGGAGAAAGUCUAUUAAAGCUCGUGGAACCUGAGUUGGAGAGUUUGGGAGAGAAUUGGCUGGCGGCGUUGAAAGACCACGCUCUGUUGAGUUUACCGCCAGAGUUCGCAUCGCAGCUGCCACAUGGAGGCGGGGCGUUUUACUCCGCGGAGACUGCGGAGGCGUCGCGUGCGCAUUACGUACGCGCCUGGCCUUCACUGCUGUACGCAGCCGCUCUACGAUACAAUGCCAACUUCAGAGAUAUACCACCAGCUAAAACUGAUGAUAAUCAAAAUACUGACAGUACUAUGGAUAACAGAUCGACUAAGACGGAAAAUGGCAAUUUUGAAUUCUUCGAACCAGUUGAUGAGAGAUUCCAUCUACUCUUUGGUAUAUGUAUGGAGGCGUUAUGUGCGCAGCGUGACAUGAAUAACAACGAUAUAGUUAGCGUGUUGCUGGCUCUCGUCACGUUACUGGACGCGCCUGAGAACAGAGCACGUUUAUUAAAGGAUAGGGCUUUAGCAAUAGAGUUGUGUCAGAUCAUCCACCGCACGGGGCUGACUCAGGAGAGCAUAGAGGCGCUGUUGCUGGCGGCUGAUGUGCUGCAGCUCGUCAUAGAGGGCGCUAAGGAGCAGCUGCAUGCUAAUAUGCAGGCUAAGAUCAAAGAAUUAGCGCCCAAUGCAUCUGAAGGGAACAUACCACAAUCAGUACUGGAAGUUGUCCAUACUCUCGGCGAGGGGGGUCCUACUGGUGAUCUGCCCCCCACCAAGUCGGUCGUGUUUGCAUGUCUGGAGGCGUGCGUGUGCCUUCUAGUGCGGAGACUGCCCGCCCUCAGCCCUCUCAAGCAGGAGGGCAAGGUCGGAGUCAUCGGAGUGCCUAAAGGGCUGGGAGUACAUGGUGAUACUUUGUUGGUGAAGAGUUUAGCUGCGAUGUCGGAAUUGACCUCACUGACAAGUCCACAAGGUGCAUUAUCUCUCCUGCCAACGAUUCUCUACCUAGCUACAGAAGUACUGAAGGAGAGUAAGGGAGAGCCGGUGGUGUCUGAGGCGGGCAUUCUAUUGCUGCAGCAGUGCGCGGAGUGCAAACGUGCAGCCCUACUGCCCGAUACGAAGGAGAGACAUGCGCAGCUGCUGCAGAGUGCGCUAGCGAAGCUAGUGGAGAGCGUCAAGACCGAGGCGGCCGAGCAGCGCAUGGAGGCUAUCACAGGUGCGCGCGGCAUGGCGGCGGUGCUGGGCCGCGCUGCCCCCGCCCCCGCACUGCACUACCCCUGCAUCAACCACUUCCGACAGUGCCUCGACACACGGGACAACGAUGCGUUUGCUGCAUGUUGCGGCGUGCUGCGCGGUGUGUGGGGUGGUGGUGGGGGUGGGGUGGCUCGCGCUGCAGCCGCACGCCGGCCAUCUGAUGCUUCACAUGUCCGCGCCGCACUGGCAGCCCUCGCCGCUCUGGAUGACCUGCUGGCUGCUGCACCUAAUGCACCACGUGUGCAGCUGCUACGUAUGUUGGUCCCCAUUGUGAUAUCAUAUCUACGUGAGUCAGGCGAGCUGGCGCGCGCUGCUCCUCAUGAACGUACCUUACAUGACUUCGCGCUGCACUGGCUUAUGCGUGUCGGACCUAAGUACCCACAGGAAUUCAAAACGAUGAUGCAACAGUCACCGGAGCUGCGCAGCAAGCUGGAGAGCGCGGUGAAGGCGAGCCAGAGCGCGCGCGCACACCGCACUCCGCCGCGACCAGUGUUCGACUCCCGGCCUGCACGACCCACCAUACAACUCAAGACCGACUUCUCUGACUUCAGAUAAACACACUGACAACACACAUCGCUUCAAAUACACACAUAACUUUCAAAUAUGAAAAAUGAGGUUAUGAUCUGUUUACAUUAUUCCAGUCCAGUGAUAGAAAUCAUCGAUGGAUUAUAGCGGCAAAUGUGAAACUAUACGAAGAAAACACACAGUGGCUUCCAGUCUGAGCAUCCAGCGGUGAUAUCGAUCGCUGGACUGGAAUAAUGUUAGCCUGGCAUUAAGUUGAUAUUUUCACAUUAAUGGUUGUUCUAAAUCCGAGUUAAAGAUUUACAUGGAUUAAAUUAAUUUAGGAAUUGUGCAAAUAUUCGCUUAAAAAUAUAUGAGUAAAAAUAUUUGACUAUUUUAAAAGCUCUUGAAUGAUUUACUAUUUUUGAUAGAUCGAGGUAAUUGGCAUGUUUUCAAACGCGUUACACAACGAUAUAGGAAAUUUUAAAAACAAAAUUCAACGUUGAAAAGUAGUUCAGAUUAUAAAAAUCAAUUUCGUCUGUGAAAUUUGUGUUAAAAACUUACCAAUUGGUAACUUAAUUUUUACACUAUUAUAUGACGGGCAAAGGUGGGUUUCCAUUUUCAGAAGGGUUCAUAAUGCAUUUUCUGUUUACAAAUAACAAUAACAACGUAGGUAACGCGCGAUGGUUCAACGUCCUUUCUAUAGGACAUCAACAGAAGAGUCCCGCUCCGGUCCCUCGGCUGAUAAUGUGUUGACCCAUCGCACGCCGACAGACGGCGCUGGCGUCACGUUCCAUAGUGAAGUCCACUGCCGCAGUGGCGCUAGUGUUAUCUUAAUUAUGACAAGUAUAAUACAUUAAUAGAAGUGUUUCCUAAGUAAUAAAAAGUAUCCUUAAAGGAUUUAUUUAUAAA